UGCUUCUCUAUCUAUUCUCUAGCAGAAGAAAUGGCUGUCGUCUCUUCGCUGCGGCUUCCUAUAUCGACGCGGCUCUUUUUGAACAGUAGCUCUCAUGUCUCCCUCGGCCAUCGUCGAUGUCAUCAUCUUCUUCUUCGGAGUCCUAGAACCUCUAGGGUUUUCAGCUCUGCUCGCGCUUCAAUUUGCCUCGAUACCCCUAGGAAGUGGAGAUGGGAAUCAUGCCGCAAGAAGAAGGUCGUUCUUCGCGUUGGAUACGUAGGAACUGAUUACAAAGGUCUUCAGUUGCAGCGAUUUGACUCUUUACCUACAAUUGAAGCAGAGUUAGAAUCUGCCAUCUAUAAGGCUGGAGGCAUCCGUGAUAGUAAUUAUGGGGACUUGCAAAAAAUUAAGUGGGCCCGGAGUAGUCGGACUGACAAAGGUGUCCAUUCCCUGGCAACUAUCAUUACAUUGAAGAUGGAGAUUCCAGAGGAUGCUUGGAAGAAUGACCCUAAUGGAACUCUACUUGCAAGUUAUGUGAACUAUCAUCUGCCAAGUAAUAUCAAGGUUUUCAGCAUUUUACCAUCCCAAUGGAGUUUUGAUGCAAGAAGAGAAUGCAAUUUCCGGAUGUACUCUUAUAUGCUUCCUGCUGAAAUUAUUGGGAUAAAAAAUGGGUGCUGCUCUAAUGAGAUUGAGGAACACUUGUCAGACUUCAAUGAUAUACUCAAAAGUUUUGAGGGGGAACAUCCUUAUCAUAAUUUUACAUAUCGGUCCAAAUAUCGGAAACCUCUUCCUGGAAAACACAAUAAAAACAGGCAAACAUGGUCACCUGAAGCUAAAUUGGAUUUGCUAAUUCAGGAAACUGAUUGUGAGUCUGCAGAACAACAAGAUAUUUCAGACAAUGUUGACCUUGGUGAGGAUGAUUGUGACUGUUAUGAACCUGGAAGAAUUGACGUGAGAAGCCCGAUUAGUAAUCCUGCUUUAAAAGCUAGAUGGCUUUAUAAACCUGAUGAGAUGGACAGAUUGAGUUCAUCGCAUUUUAGAAAAAUAUUUAGAUGCUCGUGUGGAAAGUUGGAGACAUUAUAUGGACUGAAUUAUGUUGAAGUGUCAAUUCAUGGAGAAUCUUUCAUGUUGCAUCAAAUCCGAAAAAUGGUUGGAACUGCAGUUGCAGUAAAGCAAAGUUUACUUCCUCGAGAUAUUAUAGAUUUGUCUCUAGCAAAGUUUGCACGCAUCAUUCUCCCCAUUGCUCCCUCUGAAGUUCUCAUUCUUCAAAAUAACCGGUUUUCUUCUAGAAAGCGUCCAGGAAAUAGUCGUCCUGAAAUGAUAAAGAUGGCAGAAUCAGAAGAAAUCCAGAAGGGCGUUGAAGAGUUCUAUCAAUCAGUUUUGCUUCCUCAAUUGUCGAAAUUCAUAGAUCCAAAAAAUUUGCCGUGGACAGAAUGGAUACAGAACUUGGAAAAUGGCGUGGCUAUUUCUGAUGAAGAGUUAGACGAAGUCAGGAAGGCUUGGAAAAUAUGGGAACAAGAUCUUUUAAAGUCCAAAAAGAAAAGCUUAGAUAAUUCAGCAUUAUUUGAAAAUGAGCUCUGUAAAAGCUGAUGCAAGUAUUUCAAGCGAUCACCUUCUGAAUAUUCAGCCAUAAUGGAAAUUUAUUUGAUAAAUUCCAAGCACCGACUCAUCAAGGUAUGCUAACAAGGUAUGAUUCUGAAUUUUUUAGUAUUAUUGGUGGCUAUCUUUUAUUUACCGUUAAUUUCCACAUUGGUAGAGAUGCUAGUAAUUCCAGUCAAUGUACCACGCUUAUUAAUAUAUUUUGCAAUGAAAUUGGGAAAUAAUAGUUGGAAAGAAACAACUAAUAGAUUAUACUUUACGAAGAACCUGAAAAUACUGGUUGCAAUGUACAAUAUUCAGGAAAUAACUCAGAACUAAUCAGGUGUGGUUCAAAUA